UUUCGCUUGCCCUUCUACCGUUCGGAAAGACUCUCCGCUGCGUUUCAAUAGGAAUUCAGGGAAUCGAUGGGCCAGAGUCAGCAACUUCACAACCAGCCCUUUCGGAGUCACUGAAAUGAUUAUUGUUGAUAUCCCAAACCGGACUAAAACGACAGAAUGAACACCUGUGCUUUUCUGUUGAUUUUGGCUGUCCACAUCCACGCCGAUGGCAUUGAAGGACCAACAGCUGGGUGCACGUUUGAUGAGGGCUCAGACCCCAGCCUGUGUGAGUACAGUCAGGGGGACGAUGAUGACUUUGACUGGCAGCUCUUCAGAAGCCAAGGCACCUCACAUGCGUCCACGGACCUCAUCCGAGGGUCAUACUUGAUGGUGAACUCCUCCCAGCAUGCUCCGGGUCAGCGAGCCCAGCUGCUACUGCAGACGCUGAGCGAGAACGACACACACUGUGUGCAGUUCAGCUAUUUCCUGUACAGCCGCGACGGCCACAGCCCCGGGGCGCUGCGCGUCUACGUGCGCGUCAACGGCGGCGUGCUGGGCCUGCCCGUCUGGAACGUCUCCGGCUCCCACGGACACCAGUGGCAUCAGGUGGAGCUGGCUGUCAGCAUGUUCUGGCCCAACGAGUACCAGAUCUUGCUGGAGGCAAUUGUCUCUAAAGAGCGGCAUGGAUACAUCGCCAUUGACGACAUUAUGAUACUGAAUUACCCUUGCUAUAAAGCUCCACACUUCUCUCGACUGGGAGACAUGGAGGUCAAUGUCGGUCAGAACGCCUCUUUUCAGUGUGUGGCAUCGGGGCGGCCGUCUGAGACAGAAACGUUCCUUUUAGAGCGGCACAACGGGAAAGUGACGACCUCUACCUCGGUCAAGCACCUGAACUACCGGCGCUUCGUGGCCUCCUUCCAACUGGACAACGUCCAGAAGCCUGAGCAGGACCUCUAUCGCUGCGUUGCCCUCUCCCCCCGAGGUGCGGGGGUGUCCAACUUUGCCGAGCUGCUCGUCAAAGUUCCUCCGUCUCCCAUCGCGCCCCCCCAGCUCCUCAGGGCUGGCUCCACCUACCUGAUCAUCCAGCUCAACACUAACUCCAUCCUAGGCGACGGCCCCAUCAUUCGCCGGGAGAUCGAGUUCCGUGCCAGCCACCUGCCCUUCUCGGAGAUCAAUGGGGUCAACAUGGUCACCUACAAGCUGUGGCACCUCGACCCCGACACUGAGUACCAGGUCAGCGUAAUGCUCACGCGGCCCGGGGAGGGAGGCACGGGCCCUCCUGGACCCCCCCUCAUCAGCAGAACUAAAUGUGCAGGACCAAAGCAGGAGACAGUGUAUGACUUCUGGAGGAUGGUGUGGCAAGAGAACUGUUUCAGCAUCGUCAUGAUCACCAAGCUGGUGGAGGUGGGCCGGGUGAAGUGCUGUAAGUACUGGCCCGAUGACAGUGAGCUGUACGGUGACAUUAAGAUCACACUGCUGAAGACUGAGACCCUGGCCGAAUACACUGUGCGCACCUUCAGUCUGGAGAGGAGAGGCUACUCAGCCAAACACGAGGUGCGACAGUUCCACUUCACUUCCUGGCCAGAGCAUGGCGUUCCUUACCACGCCACCGGCCUACUAGCCUUCAUCAGGAGAGUCAAAGCCUCCACCCCACCUGACGCCGGGCCAGUAGUGGUGCACUGCAGUAUGGGUGCUGGACGCACUGGCUGCUACAUUGUGUUGGAUGUGAUGCUGGACAUGGCAGAAUGCGAAGGAGUUGUGGACAUUUAUAACUGUGUCAAAACACUCUGCUCACGGCGCAUCAAUAUGAUACAGACAGAGGAGCAGUACAUAUUCAUCCAUGAUGCCAUUCUGGAGGCUUGUCUGUGUGGAGAGACUGCCAUCCUGGUGAACGAGUUUGCCCCCACCUACAAGGAGAUGCUGCGGGUGGACUCCCAGAGCAACUCGUCCCAGCUCCGCGAGGAGUACCAGACACUGAACUCCGUGACGCCACACCUGGACGUGGAGGAGUGCAGCAUCGCUCUGUUGCCGCGCAACCGGGAGAAGAACCGCAGCAUGGACGUGCUGCCGCCGGACCGCGCCCUGGCCUUCCUGGUGACCACCGAGGGCGAAAGCAACAACUACAUCAACGCGGCGCUGGCCGACAGUUUCCACCAACAGGCGUCUUUCAUCGUCACACCACACCCACUGCCCGGCACCACCGCCGACUUCUGGAGGCUGGUCUUUGACUACGGGUGCACCUCUGUGGUCAUGCUCAACCAGCUCAACCAGUCCAAUUCUGCUUGGCCAUGUGUGCAGUAUUGGCCUGAGCCGGGUAUGCAGCAGUACGGUCCCAUGCAAGUGGAGUUCCUCUCCGUGUCCGCAGACGAUGACGUAAUCACACGCAUCUUCCGUGUGAAGAACGUUACAAGGCUGCAGGAGGGCCAGCUGGUGGUGUGCCAGUUCCAGUUCCUGCGCUGGUCUGCGUACCGAGACGUGCCCGACUCCAAGAAGUCCUUCCUUAACCUGCUGGCCCACGUGCACAAGUGGCAGAGGGAGUGUGGGGAUGGGCGCACCGUCGUCCACUGCCUGAAUGGUGGCGGCCGCUGUGGCACUUUCUGUGCCUCGACCAUCCUGCUAGAGAUGAUCCAGUACCAGAGCAUGGUGGACGUGUUCUACGCCGUCAAGACUCUGCGCAACGCCAAGCCCAACAUGGUGGAAUCUCUGGAUCAGUAUCGGUUCUGCUAUGACCUCGUGAUGGAGUACCUGGACUGCUUGGAGGUGAGAUAGCAGCCAGGGCGACCCGUAUGCAGUGCAGUGGAUGGGGACGGCUCUAUCCACCCCCCACCCCGGCCCCCGCCCCCAUCCCAAUACUGCCUGGUUCUGCCUGGUUCAUCAGGUUUACCUGCUACCAAGAGAAGAAGUCCAAUAUAUUAUCGAUGAUGACCGGAUUACAAACGUAAGGAAGGAAAACAACAACAGCAGCAGCAACAGUUUUUGCAGCAGAAUUUCUCGCCUUUUUGACCUUUUAAAGAAGUUUAUUUUGAAUUCCCAAGACCACCCCUCACCUCUACUUCGCCAGUCUUAGGUCUUUGUUUUGAGAUGCCAGGCGCAUCUGUGUGUCUGUGCUGCACACACACACACACACACACACACACACACACACACACACACACACACACACACACACUCACACACACACAU